ACCUGAGCAAAGUUCGAACCCGGGUGAACAACUGCAGUAAGGCAAAAAAGUUUUUUCGGGUAUUGAAUAUUAGGAAAAAACCUGCAAAAGCUGCCUUAUCGCUGAUAAUCGUUUGCGUUUGGGUUUUGUUUGGAGUGGCAAAAUGUUGUGAGUCGGUGUGGUGAUAUGCGCGCGCAGGGUGACGGCGGUUCUCAGCUGAGUGACAGGUCAUGCGGACUUUGUUCACCCCGUCGCAAGAGUCCUCCUUUUUGAUUCACAGUCAAGUCACCAUUACAACAUGGAGAGGUCGUUGGUGGAGAACGUGUUUCUCUUCAGCCUUAACAUAGCCGGCUGGUUUUGGGGAAUAAUCAGUUUUCUGCCAUGGUAUUAUCUGGUCGGAAGAAAACAUUACCGACCGAAAAAUAAAGUGCAAGCAAGGCCUGUUGGUCAAUUUCCAGGCGCUCCGUAUCGAUGUGUUGAACACUUCGAUUCUUUGGUGACGACUCUUUAUGAUGGCGCAAAUACCUUGGAUCAACUAUUCAAGUAAGUUUGUAAAGUAGCCGGGGAAUUAAGCCUAGAUAUUGAUUUUUUACUGCAAGUGAAGUUUUACGUGUGUUUUGCGGGUUAAAAAGGUGCGAUUCCGUAAAAUAGCCCUUCACCAUGGAGAAUUGCAUGUACACGUAAUACACUCUAGUAGUUUCUCCCUCGUGUGAUGAAAAGGUGUAAAGGGGUUUUGAUUUUUGAUCACGAGGUCACCGGUGAUUUAUUUCGAUCAGUAAUGUGCCUGUUGUGAAACUGCAUGUUUUUGCCGUGAUAUUUGAUCAAAGGUUCGGUAGAUCUAGAGUCGAAAAUGGCAAAAUGAACGAUAAGUGGUCCAGGGUUAGGCAGAGCUAUAGUCGAAAUGGCAAAAUGUAUGAACGCGUUUGUUUAUUGCGCCGAGGUGAACCUUUGUUCCAUCAUUUAGGAAUCUUGUGGAACUGUGGAAUCGUGCGUUUACAGCACUGUCUAGAUGAUCUUAACAUGCAGUAAGGUUAAAGUACAUUCUUUGAGACGUAAAUAUGAAGGAUCAAAGUUCUCGCGCUUGAUAUCUUUCUGUCUUGCAAGCGACUUGCACGACGAGAAAGUAAAAUUCGUAUCAAGGAUCGAACUUCAAAUGGUUACCUUGCAGAUUCGUCUGUACUACGCAGCUUAGUUUUCCAUUUUUUGCCCGAGUUGUACUUUCCCGAGCGUUCGUUUUAUUGCCCACCGUAACGAUCGAAGUGCUUUUCUCGUCGAAAUACAUUUAAUUGUAACAGAGAAUCAUUAAUCUUCAUUUCAGGCCUCGAUAGUUCUGCUCUUUCUUGUUAGGUAUUUGAAAUUGUAUUUGUUUUGUAUUAUUUGUGUGGUGCUCUAGUACAAUAUUUAGUUGAAAGUCCAACAGUUGAGAUGUAUAUAGUCGGCGAAUUGUUAAAUGUUUGCUUGCUAAGCACGAAAGUUCUUGUGAUUGUAUUCAAUACAGGCCUGCUGUCCUACCACUUGAAUGAAAAAUUUGUUUGUUAGUUUCUUCUGUUGCUGUUGAUCGCAUUUUGCAAUUUCAUAAGGGGACACUGAUAUUUUAUAUCAGCAUUCUUGUGAGGCACUGUAUUAAUGGUUUCCCCUGGGGGGGUGUGGUGGAGGUGUGGUGUGGGUGUGUGUCUUUCUUUUGCCAAAGAUUACUCCUUUCCAAAACUUUGCACUAUUUUCUUUCGUGUCAAAAUAUCAAAGUCAAUCCUUAAUUUCGGACCAUUUUCACCAACUUUUAGUGCAUUUUGAGAUAAUCUUGAAACCUAUAUUGCAACUAGAACAUCUUGUAAACCCUUGUCCCUAAGAAACAAAGUUCAUGCCUUUGUACACCCCAGCUUUUAGUUUAAGACAUCCUUGUACUUUGAUCAUAUCAUUUUUCAGAAAAAUUGGCUCCUAUACGUAUAAACAUGUGGAGACAUUUGUCUGGAAUUUGAACCCAUAUUAAUCCUUGUUGUUGAUAUUUCACUUCCUGACCAAAAUUUUUUACCCUUUUCGGUAUUAGAAGUGAACAUAGUUUUUUCUAACUUUGACUUGGCUAAAACCAGUCAAAACGGCUGGAAGGAGCACCUAAAAGUCAGUCAAGUUUGCCAAGUUUAUGAAUGCUGAUGUCUUGUGUUGAAAACUAGACAGAUGUUACUAUCAGGGCUUAAAUUACGUCUGUGAUCCAGCCUAACACUAUGGAAUUAAAGCGGCUAUGUCACACUGUUUAUUAUACUUAAGAAAAAGCUAAAACAUCAAUUGAAUUUUGAAAAUAAUGGUCCACUUUUUUCGUUUGAGACUAUAUUUAGGUAUUGAAAAUGUUUCCUGUCUUCUGUUGCUAUGGAUUGCAAGAAUGGACAUGGAUUGAAACGUGAAAAAAUUGGGCCAACUUUUUUAAGUUUUAAUGUUUUGUCUGCAAAAAUGACCAAAAACUAUUAUUGUUAUGGUUAGUGGUCUUUUUCACAAAUCUACAGUUACUGUAGUACACUAAGUAAUGACUCCACCACAGAGUUGAUCUAAAACAGCAAUAUCCUUGUGAUAUAGCUCCGUUAAGUAAAUAAAAUGUUUGUGCCCCCUAGGCGUUCGGUUAACUUGUACCCAUACAGGAAAUGCCUUGGAACUCGAGAAGUCCUUAGAGAAGAAGAUGAAGUUCAAGCUAACGGAAGAGUAUUUAAAAAGCUUGUGUGUGGAGAGUACAACUGGCUGACCUAUGCCGAGGUAGAUGCAAGAGCAAGAGCAUUUGGACGUGGGUUAGCUGCUUUAGGACAGCAAGUUAAAGAAAACAUUCUUUUGUUUUCUGAAACUAAAGCUGAAUGGAUUAUUUCUGCACAGGGCUGUUUUGCUCAAAAUUUCCCAGGUAAAAAAUAAGACAUUUUUUGUCAUUGUGAGUGAAUUAAGCUCAAUUUUUUGUUCUGUUUUGUUUUGUUGUUAGUGUUGCUUUUACCCUUUCAUUUUACCCUUGAUUACUCGAACCAUGUUUUAAGCUCAUGACCAGUUGAAAAAACAUAUAUACUUCAGUCUGAAACCUUGAAUUUAUUUCAAAACAACUACAUAUAUUCUUUGUAUUCCUUUUUCAAAAUACCGAUAUAUCUCUUACUGCCCUUGAAGUGAAGUGUGCAUGUUACUUUCAUUCCUUCCCCAUUCCAUAUCCUUAUUUCUAGUUAUUUGCCUCAAACUCUCCAUGUUGUUUACAAGGAAUAUUUCUUCUUUAACGUUAAAGGAGAAGUUCAUUCCAAAAUGGCAGUUUUUUUCUUUUCGCUGACAAAAAGAUUAGAUUAAGGUAGGUUACUUGCCCAAAUUUCAGCUUCCAAAGACCUUUCCAACUGUAUGAAAUUCUUGUCUAAAGGAGCCCAAAAUUUGAGAUCCAACGGCCGCCAUCUUGGAGAACUCCUAGCAGCUUUGUGACAAGUACUUGACAUCAAUGCACUCAACCUGAGUUUGGCAGAAAGAUUAAAUCACUCAACACUUCCUUUUUUCUUUGUUUCGGAUUGUGUUUUUUGUGGUCAUGGCUUCUUGUGCAGCUCUGAAAUGAAGAAACGAGAAGUUUUGAGUGACUUAAGAAACUUAGGUUGAGCGCAUUGACGUCACACACUCAUCGGCAGGCUGUUAAGAGUUCUCCAAGAUGGUGCCGUCAGAUCUCGAUUUUGGGCUACUUCAGACGAGGAUUUCAUAGGGUUGGAAAGCUCUUUAGAAUUAAGUCGAAAUUUCAGUUUUUUUGUUGAAAAGAAAAAAUCCUGCCAUUUUGGAAUGAAGUUCUCCUUUAAGUUCCAUAGUGCGUAAGGAAGUGUUAUUUGCAAUAUUAGGCUGAUUUAGCAACAGAACGGGAACGUCAUUUGACGUUGGCGUGUAAAUCAAACAACUGGCUUGACCAAUGGACUGGGCACUGGAAGUCGAGUUUAGUCCUUUUCAUGUGCUUUGCCGUCGUCAAAUGAUGUUCCCAUUCUGUUUGCUAAAUCAGCCUAUUAGUAAAGUGAACCAGACAGCCAAUACAGAGCCCCUUUGAUUUUUCUGUCUUCUUUUCAGUUGUUACAGUUUAUGCGACUCUUGGUGAGGAAGCCUUAGUGCAUGCCAUCAAUGAAACCGAUGUCAGAUUUAUCAUCACAGAUGCGUCACUACUCAGCAAACUUUCAACUAUGAUUGAUAGACUACCUAAACUGGAACAUAUUGUCUACCUUGGAAAUGUUGUAAAGAAGUCUACCCUGCUUGGUUUCUCAAGGAGGGUGAAAAUCCAUUCAAUCCGUGAAGUUGAAGAGAUUGGUGAAUCGCAAGGUAAAGGUAAGCGGCUGUAACAAUCUUUUUCUUCUUAGAAUGUUUUUGGAGUUGUCAAUGCAGAUCCUUUAUAGAUUUCUUCAUGCCUAGCGUAUCCCCCCUUUUUGGGGCAUUGAAUUUAUUCAAUUUCUCUUUUAAAAAGCCCACAUCCUACACAACUGAAAAUGUGCCAAGGAAUUCAUUUAUAGCUGUCAAUCAUUUGCCUGGCACUAUAUCACCACACUAGUAGUCAGUAAACUUCUCCUGUUGCAUUUUGAAGAACAUCUCAAACAAAUUUCAACAAGGAGCAUUUAUGAUGAUAAUUUUUUUGGUGGUGUUUGCAAGUAACAUUAAAACUUGCAAAAAUUGUCCCAAGUUUUUCAAGUUUCAGUCAAUGUCAAUCCUUGUCAUCUGUUGCAACAGACAACAGAAAACAGUUUCAAUGUGUAAACAAAACUGGACCAUUAUUUUUGGAAUUUGAUUGAAAUGUAAAGGCAGGUUUUAACUUUUUAAAAUUUAGCAAAUAGGAUUACAUAGCGGCAUUUUAAUUUAGGAAGUUGUGGUUGUCCUUAAAAGAUUUGUUCCAUUUCUUACGCACUCGCAAACUGGAGACUUACUUAUGCCUUGUAAAAGAAGAGGUGUGGUUUGUUAAUAUUAUUAUCGUGUUAUUGUGGAGGCCUGUGUGGCCUGGUGGUUACACGCUGGGAAUAAAAGUGCUAAAAAUCGGCCAGAAAAUGUGUCCAAAGUUUGUAUAAAAAUAUGCUUGGAAUGUGACAAAUAUCUCUUAAACUAUAGAAGAUAAUGAGUUGAGACUUUCACUUUGUAUUUGUCUCAAGUUUUUCUUUCAAAUUCUCCAUGUUUGGGGUUAGUACUGCGCAUGACCAAAAAGCCCAUUUUGUGACAUCAUCAGUUGUGACGUCACAAAAAUGAAAUUCGAGAUUUCAAAUCAGACAAGUUCUUCAAUUUUAUGUGCACUAUAUUUCUGCAAAGUAUCACACUUUCAGGUUUUAUUUUCUUGAAGGAGAAGUCUUUGGGAGUUUUGAUUUUUUAAUUGGCCACUAGAGGGUCACGUGACUGUUUACCAACAAAAUGCCUACUCCAAAAUUUUCCUGGAGUCAAGUAUUGUUGCCUGUAUUAAUUUCAGUGUCAUGCCUUUAAAGGAAAGAAAGUUAUAGCCCCAAGAACUCCAAAAAUGUUUGUGCCUAUCACGCCCCCAACUCAAUCUUUUGGCCGAUUUUUACCAUUUUUUUUCCCAGCGUGUUAACACCUCGAACUGUGGAUCUGGAGGUCUGGGGUUCAAGCGCCCCCUUUGCGUUGUUUCGUUAGACAAGGAGCUUUACUCUACUUUGUCUCUCUUCACCCACAUGUAUACAGCUAUUUUGAGAAAGGUUGUCGGAAACAGUGCACUCGACAAUCCUGAGAAAGGUAUUGUGGGUGCUUUUGUAUUCUGAGCUCUUCAAAGAAAUUUGAGAAGGAUGGAACGAGAGGCAAUGGAUAUAUGUUUGCGAGUGCUAAAGGAAAGGAACAAAAGUAGGUUCGAAAGCUACAGUGUCAGGAACAGUGAAUUGAUUGUAUCCCAUAUUACCUUUCGGUAUUGUCGCAUGCACAUUUUUCCGACAACUUUCCUCAAAAUAGCUGUAAAUGGGUACCUGCAACAUUAUACUGGGGGGUAACCCUGUGAUAGACUAGCAUCCCAUCCAGGCAUGCUUCAUGCCAAGGAAACUGGGAUAUUAAGCUCCAGCCGUUUGAGCCUUUGGCUCAUGUGCGCCUUUUUUAAUAAUUAUUAUUGUUAUAGUAAUUGUGUAAAUGGUUUGUAUAUUCUUAGAACCUAUGGUCCAAAGGGGUCCAACUUCAGAUGAUACUGCAGUUAUCAUGUAUACAAGUGGCUCCACAGGACUUCCCAAAGGUAUUUUAUUGUUCCAUCAAAUCCUUGUGCUAAAAGUGAUCCAUCUAGCUGUAUGUCCUGUGUCUCAGGAUAUCAUUGGGAGAAAAUUUAUGUUGGUCACUAUUGUCUUUCAUUCUUCUCAAAACCAGGUGUUAUCAUACCUCAUGGUUCUUUAGUAGCUGCUAUGACUGGAAUUGUGUCAAGAGUGCAUCCCAAAGUUAGGUAAUGUUCUCUUUAUUUGUGUUUUGAGCUAAUCAUCAGCAUGUGCAUCGGUAUGGAUCUUAAGCAGUGACAAUAACAAAGGUCACAAGAACGGCAAAAAAGCAGUAGCUUUAUUUAAGUAAAACAACAACUUUGCAUGUGUGUUACACUUUUUUGCAUAUUGCUUUGCUAUUGUUGCACAACCGCCUUGUGAAACUGCAUAAAAAUACAGAUGGCUAUGCUUUUGUAGAUUAUUUGAAUACAAAUGUAAACAUAUAAACAGUUGAACCUUCAUUAAAAGCGGCCACUCUCUAUUAAGCAGCCAAUAAUCAAAGUCCCAGAGUAACUGUAAAAGGGAAUGGGAAAUCAAACCUCUUUUAAGCGGCCAUCAAGCGCUUGAUACACUUAGUCUGGCUUCAUUUUAAGAAUAUGAUGAGGGAAAAUUAUAUACAGUCCAAGGUAGAAAUCCCGUCACGUGUUUGUUUCAAAAUCAAGAGAUGCCUCUGCUUAAGAUCAUGCUAAUUUUUAGACUUUCGUGUCCUCCAUCUUUCUUUUUUUUCUUCAGUGAAAAAGAUGUUUAUGUUGGUUAUUUACCUUUGGCACAUGUACUGGAGCUUGUGGCAGGUAAGAAAGAACAUUGCUGAGAGGACUAAAUUUGUGUUAUUUUAUGCCAACAUAGAAAAAUAGUCUCCUUUACUUGUGAAUGUUACAAGUAACUAACUAUCUGUGCUCUUCAUUGUUGUAGAAACUGGAAUUCUUGCUCAAGGGGCAUCUAUAGGAUACUCAAGCCCCCUUACCCUUUCUGAUCAGGUAAAAAUGUUUUUAUAUAAGAUAAUCCUGAGGCAUUUUCCACAAUUUUGAUGUCUGUCUGCGUGGUUUUCCAGAAAAUUUAAAGUACAGUUGAACCUUUCCACAUUAACGGCCACCUUGGCAACAGAAGAAAGUGGCCAUUGUGGAGAGGUGGCUGCUGUUAUGGGGAAGACUAGGGGUGUUGUAUGACAAUUUUUUUAGGGAGCACAACAUGUUUUUUUUUCUGCUAAGUUUAUGCUUACUGUGUCCCAUAAUCGUGGAAAUCCAAUCAUAUAUAAUGUAUGGAGAUAAAAUACAUGAAAAGCUUGAAUUAUGUCUUGAAUCAAAAUGUUAAUGUAACAAAAAGAGAAAGGUUUGCAACUUUUGCUGUAAGUAUUGUAGACAAAUUAUUUAUGCUCACUGCAACAGGAGCAUAAAUGAAACAAAAUCAAAAUGCAGUUGCAGCGAUUGAUCAUAAAUGUGCCGUACGGAUCAAAUCUUAUGUCCAUUCUUGACUUUUUCGUCAGUCGCUGACAAAACUGGCUGUUGUCGAGAGGUUAUUUUCGCUGUUGCGGACAUGCGUUAGUGGCCGUUGCCGUUGUAGAGAGGUGGCCAUUGGCGGGAGGUUUAAAUAAGCGUAAAUCUUUCUGCUGGAAUGAAAUAAAGGGACCGUUGUAGAGAAGUGGCCAUUAGUAGAGGUUUGACUGUACAGGUAGAAGGAGCAAAAAAAAUGAGCCAACAGCAGCUGAUUAGAUUGAAAGGUGUGUCUUUCCAGGGUUCUCAAUAGAUUUUUAGAUAAAUUGCAAAAAGGUGUGUCGACUUUUCCCAUAAGCGAUCAAUCGCCGGGUGCCGCCUUCUAUUGAGAACCCUGUCUUUCACAGCUGUUUGUUGGUUAGGUGUCAACUUAUGUCCAGUCAAAAACAGGCUUGUCAAAUCCUUGAUUGACUGGACAUUUUGUCAGGUCAUUUGAAUUAUUUCUCUGAUAAAAGAUCUUCCAAACAAAAAAGUGAUCUGAUGGGAGAACUGGACCCAAACCGUGUCAACCCUGCUGUAUAACUAUAAGAUAGUUGCCUGUUAGUUCACUGAAUUUCUCUUGACUAUUAAUCUUGUCACUUUUCUUGUCUUUCCUUAGUCAUCUAAAAUCAAGAAAGGAACAAAAGGAGACCUGUCAGUUCUCAGGCCAACCAUUAUGGGUGCUGUCCCUGCCAUUAUGGAUAGAAUACGGCAAAAUGUUAUGGAGAAGGUCAAGGAGGGUCCCCGCCUUCUACAGCUUUUCUUCACGUUUGCAUACAGCUACAAGAUGAAACAGCUGAGGAUGGGCUACGAUACUCCUCUUCUUAACAAGUAAGUUCAAGCCACAAAACAUUAUGCACUUAUCAACAGUUAUUCUGUGGGUCAACCCUAGGGAUAUACGUGAGUAUUGUGUAGGACAUGUUGACAUUUGCUGCCAAUUUUAGCCUGGUAUGGGGGAUUGGAUCGCUUUUUGCCCCUUAGUAGCAGGAUCCAUGGGAAAGACCCAUGGGUUUUUUAAUGCACGUAGCGGAGAAGCGAAAAUUAUCCAAUGAAUAUUGUCCUGACUUCCGAUCAAUGACUUACAAAAGAAGCUGAACUUCAUCAUAAUUAUGCAGUAGACGGGUGCACUUUAUUUGCUCAUUUUUUAUCAACCCUUAAUAUUGCCAUGCUUUAACCCAUUCGCCCCUGGAAAUUGUGUCGAAAAAUGUGUUUUGAAGCUAAUCGAGCGGUUUUCUGGUCUCUGUGUCAUGCUAUAAAGAACUAAACCUUACCACAGAGCCGUUUACAGGUCAUACACUUCACAGCCUUCUGAUCUACAUGCAAAAUAUUAGCUUGUGAAUUUCGGGCUUGUGCAGAAAGCAUAUUUUUGUACUUUUGUGCUUUCUCUCCUCCCCUCUUUUUUUUUGCUUGUUUUGUCUAAUUUUGCUGGGGAUUUUAAUAGUGGGCUUCAUUUUGGAGGGAAACGUUUUUGGGAAAGCUUUUAGAAUAUUAGGAUUAGAGGAAGCGAAGGUAGGUCGAUAGUGGAACAAGAUUUCGGUCAAUAUCACAUGUUUUUUGCCUUUUUCUCUGGUGUUCUUUACUGAAUUCUGUUAUAUGGUUUGAAAGAUCUCUUCACCCUGCAUAAGUUAGCAGACAAUGUUGUCCUUGACCAAUAAAACUGAUGAUGUCACAAGCGGUAGAAGGGACGAGUGGGUUAAAAGAGUUAUUUUCAAUAAAGCAAGAGAAAUUUAUUGCAGUUUUAAAGUUCUGAGUUGCCAUAGGGGAGGGGUAGUGGUAGCUUUUUGUUCAGUAUAGAGGUUCACCCUUGUUUAAGGAAACUCAGUUCUUUAUGAAUAUUCACUUUUGCUGUAAAAUAAUGGAACAUUAAAAUAGUGUCCAUGUGAAAGUACUGCUCAGGAGGUUUUCUUUGAAUGGACACGCCCCAGAAUUUUGUCCACAGACUCAAAAGUUUGAACCACCUUACGAGACUCUUUUGUUCACUCUGGAAGUGGAAGAGCUAGAACAAGAAAGCAUUUUUUAAAAAUUUAUUUGUUGCAUUUUUAAAUAUUACAGUCAAACCAGGCCAAGAGUUCCCGUCGCUAACAGACUAAUAAAUUCAUUAAUGGCAAAUUGUUUCCGUCCGUUGGUUCCGUAGUUUAUUCACGAAAUAAAUAAUGAGAAAGAAAGAAAACAAGAAAAACCACGUACAAGGGAGCCAUAAAUCCGUCCCAAACUGUUUCGCCUGCCCACCAUUUUUCAACUGGAGCGCAGAGGAGCGUGGUGUCCAUAUAUGGCAAGGCUUUUGUUUAUUAAUCCAAUCAACAUUCCAUUAUUGAAUUGAGGCUCUAUUUGAAUAUUGCAUUAUUCAUUUCGUGAAUAAACUACGGAACCAAUGAACGGAAAGAAUUUGCCAUUAAUGAAUUUAUUAGUCCUUUAGCGAUGGGAACGCUUGGCCUGGUUUGACUGUAAAAUUUUCCUUGACAUCAAUUUUUUCUUUGCACAGGUUCAUCUUCUCGAAAAUGCGUAAUCUUUUGGGUGGGCGUGUAAGGCAGAUCAUAAGCGGAGGUGCACCAUUGUCUGAGGAUACUCAGUUCUUCAUGAAUGUUUGCUUAUGCUGCCCUGUUGGACAGGGUUAUGGACUUACUGAGACAUGCGGAGGAGGAACUGUCUGCCAUGGUAUGUUAUAUAACUGUGUAUUGGGGCAUCAAAUUAGCCACAAGUUUAUCAGGAUAUUUUAUUUUAACAGGGUUUAGAAUUUGGAUGACAGGAUUGAAGAAAUCUUGAAAUCUACAGCUUAGUCGCAAUAAUUUUUUUUAGUUUUCUUUAAGUAAGUGCCACUUUAUUGACUUUCGUGACAUAGCAGAGGUCGGUCAUCUCUUUUGAAAUGCCCUCAACUCAGGCAAAUACAUGGAUUGUAAUCAAUAAAGAGGGAAAUGUCAUUUGGGACAAGGAAAGCAUAAUCACAUUUGGGUUUUUUUGUUCACACUUUCUUGUUUUCCUUUUUUUAGCCUGGGAUAGAGCAAUAGGCCGCGUGGGACCUCCAAUUUGUUCAUCAGAAAUUAAGCUUGUCAGCUGGGAAGAAGGUUAGUAAUAAGACAAACAAUUUAUAAAAUGGUUCUUGGCCAGAAAGAUAAUAAACACAACAGACUUUCUUCUUUUGUUUUUGAUUUUUUUAGGAAACUAUACCGUCCGAGAUAAGCCCUAUCCUAGAGGAGAGAUUGUCAUUGGAGGUCCAAAUGUAACGAAGGGUUAUUUCAAGAAUCCAAAAAAAACAGCUCAAGAAUUUGAAGUAGAUAGAAAUGGCCAGCGCUGGUUCCAUACUGGAGACAUUGGCGAGUUCCACCCUGAUGGAUGUCUUAAGAUUAUAGGUAAUAAUGUCCUUGACUUGAUUUUGUUGGAAAUACCAUUUACUUCUGCUUAUAGUCGCUGGGCUUAUACAACUUCAUGACAUAGCAGUGCUGAUAAAGCCUUAUAGUUGGAAUCUCUCUCGGAAGUGACCGCGACCACUUUUUAGAAUGACAGUUUCAGAAUUUUCCAUUAUUUUAACCCUCUUUAAGCCACCAACUGAUACAAUGGUCUGAUCUUUGCGUUCGCUGUGUGAACUGUAUUAGUCAGAGUAUGAGAAUAACUUUCAGAAACAACAUGGAUUUACAAUAUAUUGUGAACUAACAAUUGCAUGCAGUACGUUCUCUUCAAAACCUAGAUGUGUCUGGACUUUUGCUUCUAAAUUACCUCCCACAGUUCGAAUGUCGUAAGCGACCACCCUUCAUAAGUGACCACUAACUCUUUGCAUUCUGGGUGGUAGCUUACAGCUGGGUUGACUGUAAAAAUAUUCUGCCUCCCUUGAAAUAGGGUACAGCUCAGAGAUGUUAUAUUUCAUCAGAGGGUUAGUACUUACCUGACAGGGAGAUGUGAUUCUCCAAAAAGGCAAACCCCUUGUAGACUGAUAUGAGCAAUUACUGAUGCAUAUGUUGUGCAGUCACAGUCUGGAUACCACAAUACGAAAGAAUAGAAUAUAAAACAAACCACAUGCGCUCUUCCAAACAUUAGUGGAGAGAGAGGCUGUAUCAAUUGGCAGAAUAAGUAGAUACAAUUGGUGGGAAAGUAAGAAAGCUCCAUUGGUUUGGGGACCAAUGGGUAAUUUAGUUCCUCUGGCAGCUGCUUCCAGACUGGACUGUUACCAUUAGGCAUAGUUAGGUUCCUUCUCAGAAGGAGUUAAAUGUAACUGAACGUGUAUUUUUCUAGACCGCAAGAAAGAUCUUGUGAAGCUCUCGGCUGGAGAGUACGUUUCCCUUGGAAAAGUUGAAGCUACCCUCGUACAAAGUCAAUAUGUUGAAAACCUCUGUGUGUAUGCAGAGUCUUGUUACAACUAUGUGGUGUGCUUGGCAGUGCCACGCCCUAAGCAGCUAAAGGCAUUAGCUGUUUCCCUUGGUAUCAUGACUGAUGAUUGGGCUGAACAGUGCAGAAGUAAGACUAUCACAGAUGCUGUGCUAAAGGACCUCCAGGCUCUUGGCAAAGCUUGUAAGUAUUACAGUGAGGUGAAAAGGUAAAGGCGCACGCACACAAGCUUAUCCCGGUUUCCUUAACAUAAAGCAUGCCUAGGAGUGAUACUACUCCCCUAGGUGGAAUGCUAGUCCAUCAUAGGGUUAUCCUCGGGCCGUAUGUUGCCAGGACCCAUUUAUACACAUGGGUGAAGAGAGACAAAGUGAAGUUAAGUUCCUUGUCUAAGGAAACAAUGGGAAGGGCAAGGCUUGAACCCAGUGCCUCCAGAUCUGUAGUUCAAGGUGUUAACCGCUUGGUUACACACCCCUCCACAAGUAUUUGUAAGGUGGAGUAUUAUUCUAUAUCAGGUUAUGGAUGCAGACAGCCACUUGAGCUAUCUAAGUGAUGCAAAAGCAAACAAAAGAGAUUUUACCACAAUACAUGUAAGGUAUUACCUUACAUGUAUUGUGGUAAAAUCUCUUUUGUUUAGUUGAGGAUGUUGUGCUCAAUUCCCCCUCAUUUUCUAAAAUGAUGCAUUUGCCAUACUAGUCCCAACAUCCACAUGCAAAUUCUCCAGACUAAUCUCCACACGUUCCCUCACAAAACAUCCCUUUGGUGAUCAAUUUUUAAUUCUCAUAACCUGUUCUCUUAUUUAUGUAUUGAAAUAUUUAUUGUUUGGCGGAAAUUUAUGCUGGUCACUUUUGGACCUUGGGGUUAAAACGAGCAGGGUACUAGGGCCAAAAUGCGUCCCACAAAUGUUUCUGGGAUGGUUACUGGGGACGUGCCGGUCAGCUAUUGGUCAAUUUUUCCCCGUCCUCAGUAACAGUCCCAAAAGUCUUUGCGAAAAGUUAACUCGGCCCAGUCUCCUAAUUUGUAAAGUGGCAAAUUCUAACUCCCAGCGUUGCUGUGGUCUUUUGCAGUAAAACUUGAGAAGUUUGAGCUCCCUCAGCGUUUGACACUGGUCACAGAACAGUGGACGCCUGAAACCGACCUGGUUACUAAUUCACUCAAGCUAAAGCGCCAGAACAUUACAAACUAUUACAGGGCUGCCUUGGAUGCUAUGUACAGUCACUGAACUUCCCAACAGUUCUCAGAUCAGAAGGAACUAUUGUUACACUCAAGGAAAACAGUUUUUUCUCAAGCCAUCAGAAUCUUGUCAAUUGCAGGCUAAUAGAACUGUGUGAAAUUCAAAAUUCAAAUUUGAAGUCCCUUGAGAUGUUUAACAGUGCUUGCCUGAAUUUGCCAAUCUGGGGAAUCUUAAAAUCAGUGUUAAAAUUCAACUAUUUAACUAUUCAUUCUGUGGGGUACUGUGGAGAAAAUUAUGCCAUUUUAAUAAAUUCCAGCUAUUACACGGAACUUAAAUUUUACCAAGAAAAACGUAAAGUGUGAGAAAAUUCAUAUCUGGUGCAACAUAGCUUGUUUGGUGACGUUGGAUCUGGAUUCAAAGUAUGGUUUACAGAUUGUUGGCAACACAGGCAAUGUUAUGCAGAUGGUGCAACUUGUAUACAGGCUUCUCAGGAACAUUUUAAUUACUAAUAAAGUCACUGAGAUUUGCGACC